GCGAAAUAACACCCCCUCGGCGCAUGUUAGACCCCACCCCUCCUUACACACUUCAACUCACAAAAAACUCUCAUUAAUCAUCUUCCAUCACUCGACAACAAGGAUACAUUCUCUUUCUUUCUUUCUCACUGUAAACGUUAUGGAGUCUCGCGUACUCUCCGGCUCCACCACAAUUCACGGCCUUCCACGGCUGCGGAGGCUCACCACCACCACUACCUCCCCCGUCGCCGCCUGCUUCCCCACUACUCGACCCACCACCGGAGCCGUUGCAGAUGGCGGGAACUUAGUUUGGGGAAGACAACUCCGCCCAGGUAUUCUGUUCGAAGCUUCGCCGGCGACGGCACUAUCUCCGGUGACAAAACGGGAGACUCUCCUCCGUCCUUGUCGCACUGCUGCUUCUUCUCCGGCCGAGGGCAGCGAUUCCGGCGGGGAAGCUAAGGUGGGAUUCUUGCAGAAAUACCCGGCUCUUGUCACCGGUUUUUUCUUCUUCAUGUGGUAUCUCCUCAACGUGAUAUUCAAUAUUCUCAACAAGAAGAUCUACAAUUACUUCCCUUAUCCUUAUUUCGUCUCGGUUAUACAUUUGUUUGUUGGGGUGGUGUACUGCUUGGUGAGCUGGGGCGUGGGACUUCCUAAGAGAGCUCCUAUUGACUCGAACCUCCUGAAGCUCCUCAUUCCUGUUGCUAUUUGUCAUGGAAUAGGCCACAUAAUGAGCAAUGUUUCAUUUGCAGCAGUUGCUGUCUCCUUUACCCAUACCAUUAAAGCACUUGAGCCUUUCUUCAAUGCUGCUGCUUCUCAGUUUGUACUUGGGCAACAGAUACCCUUAACGCUGUGGCUGUCAUUGGCUCCAGUUGUCCUUGGUGUGUCAAUGGCAUCACUGACUGAGCUGUCUUUCAACUGGACUGGGUUCAUCAGUGCUAUGAUUUCUAACAUUUCCUUCACCUACAGGAGCAUAUAUUCGAAGAAAGCUAUGACUGAUAUGGACAGUACUAAUUUGUAUGCCUACAUUUCCAUCAUUGCGCUUAUUUUCUGCAUACCACCAGCCAUAAUCCUUGAGGGGCCUACGCUGGUUAAGACUGGGUUUAGUGAUGCAAUUGCCAAAGUGGGACUGACAAAGUUCAUCUCAGAUCUCUUUUGGGUGGGAAUGUUUUACCACCUAUACAAUCAGAUAGCAACAAACACCCUUGAGAGAGUGGCACCGCUCACUCAUGCAGUUGGAAAUGUGUUGAAACGUGUCUUUGUGAUUGGUUUCACAAUCUUGGUCUUUGGUAACAAGAUUUCCACACAAACUGGUAUUGGAACUGUAAUUGCAAUUGCUGGAGUUGCGAUUUACUCCUACAUUAAGGCCCAGAUGGAAGAAGAGAAACGAAAAGGAAAAGCAGCUUGAGGGCAGCGGGCAUAAAGGGAGUGGCGGAGCAAAGAAUGUGGAGAUGGGAGAAAAGAUGGUGUAGAAUAAUUUUCUUUCACCUAAACUGCUAAAAUUGAAAUCAUCAAUCGUUCGUAGUUAGUUUUCCAAUGAAUUAUCUUUUAUCUAGAGUUCAGACAAUUGCUGAUUUGAUAUCACCUGGGAAUAAUGUGUUUUGUCUCUUGUUACCAACUCUAUGAUGACAAGCUCGGAAAGGAAGCCAGAAUUUGUAUGUUAAUAGAGUUCUAUUUUGUACAAGGCCUUCUUUUCUACGAAAGAACUUUGGGCAUUUGAAGAGUAUUCCUUUCAUGCGUAUUGUUUUAA